AUGGCAAUCAGCAGGCGUCUUCCACAAUUGGCAACCGAAGCAGUGCGGAGACAAUUUCCCGGCCUGAACAAGGGUUCCAUCUGCCUCAACAAUGGCGCUGGAUCGUUGGUGUACAGGGGGGCCAUUGAGAGCAUUACUAAGACCAUGUCUCAUCCUCAUAUGAAUCUUCGCGGACAAGAUUCAACUAGUAUGAUUGAUGUCAAGAAACGUGCUGCUCAAUAUGCCAAGAUUGCGUCCUUUGUGAACGCUGAUCCGGAUGAAAUUGACUAUCAUGUUGCUAAUCAGUUUGACUAUCAAGCAUUUGGACCUUCAACAACUGGUCUGCUACGAACUUUGACGAAUUCCUUGCGCCCAAAUCUCAAUGCGAACUCAGAAAUAAUCGUAUCUGUUCUUUGCCAUGAAGCUGGUAUUACCGCAUGGCGUUCGCUAGCAAAAAGUCUGGGGAUAGUUAUUAAGUGGUGGACACCCCCGACCAACAAAGGAAAGACCACAGAUCCCAAGCUCACCCUCGAAUCCCUCCAACCUCUUCUUUCCCCCAAGACCAGGCUUGUAUGCUGUGGCCAUGUGUCUAACAUCACCGGAACUAUCGAGCCUAUCAAGGAUAUCGCAGAUCUUGUCCACACUAUUCCUGGCGCCAUGAUCUGCGUAGAUGGAGUGGCCAUGGCUCCCCAUCGUCCAAUCGACGUGAAGCUUCUGGAUGUCGACUUUUAUGUCUUCAGUUGGUAUAAGGCCUUCGGCCCCCAUAUUGCGCAGAUCUAUGCACGUCGUAGAGUCCAGCAGCGUUUCCUGACCAGCCUCAACCACUACUUCUUCGAUGCAAACCCUCUUUCUGUAAAGCUGGGCCUUGGAAACAGUUGUAUUGAGCUCGAGCACGCCGUUGUCCCUAUCAUCAAUUACCUCGAGGAUCAGGUCGGCUGGGAAUCAAUCAUUGGCCAUGAACAAGCAAUUACAGCGUAUCUUCUGGAGUACCUGACCUCCAACCCAGACCUGUACACUGUAUAUGGGUCCCAGUCAUCCGAUCCCAACGCUCGGGUGUCUUUGGUCAGCUUUUCUACCAACGGACUUUCAUCUGACAGAGUAGCACAGGAAAUCCAUGAAACGUCGGCCUGUAGGUUGAUCAGUGGGGAUUGUUGGUCUCCUCGCACAGUUUACGAUGUUCUGGGACGCGGGGACGAUGGGAUAAUACGUGCAAGCUUGGUUCACUACAACACCAUGGAUGAGAUGAGAGCUUUCACACAGACAUUAGACCAAGCUGUGAGGAAUUUGACACAUCAGGAGGUUCGGGUUUCUUCUGCGCACGGUAUGUCCGGACCUCAAGCUAAAACCUCCAAGAUGAAUGGCAAUAGCAAUGGCCACGCGGACGAUCAACCUAUCAAAAAACAUUACGAGCUGAGUGGUUGUUUAGACAAAUAUGAUUCUUUCAAGGUUGGGCCGGUUAUUGGGACUGAGUUCCCCAAUGCCAAUGUUGCGGAAUGGAUGAGAGCUGAAAACAGUGAUGAACUUAUUCGCGAAUUGGCAAUCGCCAUAUCUCAGCGAGGAGUGGUCUUUUUCCGUGCCCAGAAAGACUUUACCAACGAACUUCAAAAGGAGUUGGCUGAUCGUCUGGGACGCCUUACGGGAAAGCCAGAGUCUUCGACCCUGCACAUCCAUCCACUUCACAACUUCAAUCCUGACGAGGAUAAGCAUAUCAACACCAUCACCACCGACAAAGAGGCCAAUCCUGCUGAAGAUCUGUGGAAGAAUAGGCCUAGCGACAUCAGGAAUAGCUGGCACACAGACGCCGGGUACGAACCUAAUCCACCAGACUACUCCAUCCUAAAGCUUGUCAAAUUACCCGAAACGGGUGGAGACACGAUGUGGGCUUCGUCAUGUGAGAUCUAUGACAAGAUCUCUCCCAGCUAUCGCAAAUUCCUCGAAAGCUUGACAGCCACGUUCUCACAGACGCGACUACCACGCGUGGCAAAGGAGAAGGGAUUUGAACUCUACACAGAGCCGCGGGGAUCACCAAACAACAUAGGCGAUUCCCUCACAACCAGCCAUCCAGUUGUCCGCACCAACCCUGUCACGGGCUGGAAGAGCCUUUUUGCAGUUGGAAACCACGCCGAACGUAUCAACGACGUGACGCCAGAUGAGAGUAAGCGCCUUCUCGAUUGGUUCCUGCAGUUGAUCGUUGAAGAGCACGACUGUCAGUUGAGACACCAGUGGAAGAAUCCUUACGAUGUCGCUAUCUGGGAUAACCGCACUGUUUAUCACACUGCCAUUUUCGACUUUGCUGGAUUUGGCGCGCGCACGGGGCAUCGAGCUGUUGGAAUUGGCGAGAGGCCCUAUUUUGACCCCAUGAGCAAGACUCGACGUGAAGCACUGGCUGGGAAUUAA